GGUUGCCCAUGUGUUCCAGAGUACAACUCGCCGUCAGGAGAAAGUCAGGAGAUAGUCAACACCGUUGCAGCCACCCCAACAUUUCACAUAACGGAUAUGGAAAUCAAUAUCCGGACACCCCCCGCACCUCAGAUUUGAACGAGGCGCUGCGAUCAAUGGAAGUGGACAAGGAAGUGGCGCAAUUGUUGGUGGAAAUCCAGCGCCUUGGGCACGAAAUCACCAGCGACGAUGGCUCGAAGCAAUUUGGAGUCACAUUUGGCGUACUCUUUGGUGACGAGCGAUGCCAGGAUCUAUUCGAAGCCUUAAUGGGCACCCUUCGCGCCGCCAAGCGAAAAAAAGUGAUCGACUACCAAGGUCAACUCCUUCUCAAGGGACCGCAUGACAACGUGUUCAUCCGAUUGCUUGAGCAAUAGAUAGAGGCACUUACUGAAUAUCAUGGUAACAUCACAAAUCGAAUUGACCGGUUUGCGCAGCUACUGAGGUCCGAGGC